AGAUCCCCUGCAAAGCCCCUUGCCUAACUUCUAUCUAUUUUAGGUUUUGUACUCUCAAAAUAUAUAACGAGUUCAAAUCUGGUGGCGUAGUGGAUUUGUGGCCGAAUGGGGAUACCCUCCCCGGUUUUUCCUCUAGCAUGCAUGGUCAAGGCUUGCCCCGCCCCCUCACCCACCUCCAUUCGGAGAUGAGUCCCGCAACGUCAAUUACAGUGUUGAGUGGCCGUAGACAGACCCUAAUUCUAAGGAUCCAACUGGAGAAGUCACACCGCAUAGAUUUCAGGUUAUAAAAAAAAAAGUGCAGUUUCUUCUCUUCUGCAAGUUGUAUGCAGAAAAUCCAUCACACUACAACUGUAGCUAUUGACUUUGCUACCUUUAAUGAGAAUGGCCCGAGUUUCCGAGUCCCCACCUUCAUAAAAAUCUCUACACCCCACUAAUUAAAACCAACCAUAUCUUCAUUCUUUGAGUUUACCAAUCUAUUAAUAUCCUCAUGAAUAAGCUCAUUACAGUAUUCAGCUUUCAAUCCAUAAAUCUUUGUGUCUCACUGAAAUCCAUGGCUCUUCCCGUUACUAAUCUCAAGCUCCCAUGGCUGCCUCUCUUCUUCUUCUUCCUCCUUUUCAACUUUGUUCUUUCAGAGCUCUGCCACCCAGAUGACAAGAAGGUCCUACUCAAAAUCAAGAAAGCAUUCAAUGAUCCCUACGUUCUCUCUUCAUGGCACCUGGAAACUGACUGCUGCGAGUGGUACUGCAUCGAGUGCGAUCGGGCUUCCCACCGUGUUAUCUCUCUUACGAUCGUCUCCAGCGAACUCUCGGGCCAAAUCCCACCGGAGAUCGGCGACCUUCUGUUCCUGGACCAACAUUUCUGGUUUGGUCCCGGACUUCCUCAGCAAUCUCACCAAUCUCACCCAUCUCAGCCUGUCCUUCAACAAUCUAACCGGAACCAUCCCAAGCUCGCUGGCGAAACUCCCCAACCUCGGCGCUCUCCAGUUGGACAGAAACAAGUUAACAGGACAAAUCCCGAACUCAUUCGGGUACUUACCUGGAGAUCAGGCUCCUUCCCUUUACCUUUCCCACAACCAACUUUCUGGGAAAAUCCCACCCUCUUUGUCCAGACUGAACUUCACCGUAAUCGAUUUGUCCCAAAACAAACUCGAAGGCAAUGCAUCCAUGAUAUUUGGUGAGAACAGGACAAUCCAGAUCAUUGACUUAUAAAGGAAUCUGUUGGAGUUCAACUUAUCCAAUAUUGUGUUUACCCAGAGCCUGACUUCGCUGGAUCUUAACCAUAACAAGAUAUUUGGAGGCAUUCCAGGGGAGAUAACAAAACUGAAUUUCCAAUACUUGAAUGUGAGCUACAAUAGGCUGUGCGGAGAGAUUCCAGUGGGUGGAUAGUUGCAGAGAUUUAAUAUGUAUUCAUAUUUUCACAACAGGUGUUUGUGUGGCACACCACUCAGUAGCUGCAAAUGAUCAAUUUCUCCCUCAAUCAUUCAGAUUUGAACUUUACUUUCAGAAACAAGAAUGCAAUUUAAGGCUAAAACGAACAAUGUUACUCAAUGAAACUUAUUAACAGAACACGUUCCAAAAUAAUUGUGUGUGAUGUGGGAAAAGAGCAAUUAUGAUGUUGUUAUUGAUCUUUAUCGCAGAGCCCUAGAUUAUUGAUCAUUAACGUAUAGAAGAGAAACAGCAGAAACAGCAAAUAAAGAACAAUUUCAGCGAAGAUCAAACGGAUUGAGCCCUAAAUUAGUUAAACGAGAUGAAGAUAGAUAGCAAAAUCUAAAUUCUAACCUAGAGAAGAACGCAGAAACAUUAGGCAAAAUCAGAUUCAAAGAGCGAGAAAUUAAAGCCGCAGAGAUUGAAGUUAAGAAAGCUGGAAAAAAAAAA